CUUCGUUCCAGCGAAAGAAGUCUUCACCCAAAUCUCAUUCCAAAGAUUUAUUGGGAGGGAAGAAUCCAGGAAAGAGGCUACCUCUGCCAGAGUGGGAAAAGGCAGCUCCCAACUGAACAGGUGUGUGCUAUACCAUGCUUUAUAACCAAGAACGAAGCCCAUCUCCAACAGAUCAGGCUGAAGUUGGUAGACAAUUGGGCCCAUUUCUGUUUGUCGAUGAAGAUGGUUUCGUGCCUGAAGAAUAUGUGAACUUAAUUCCAGAAAACUUGAUCCCUAUGGCUUUGGAAGCAGAAAUGGAAGGACAACUAGUAGUGGAGGAUGGGGAUGAGAUCAUUUGGUUUCAUGUACAGCACAUGGAUUUUGAUGAGGAGGAGGAGGAGGAGAAUCAGGCCGAGGUCAUGGAAGAAGACAAUGGCUGGGUUCACAAUGUGGAAGAGAAUAAUGAAGAUGAUGAUGAAGCUAAUCAUGAGCAUACUGAAAUCAUCACAGGCACUGGAAGUGACCAUAUGUAUGAACGCUCCCAUGAUGAGACCAAAGAAGCUGCAGUUGCAGGGAAAGUUGCGGCUGAAAAUGAAAGCCAGGAGGAGGAAGAUGACAAUACAAACUCAACUGAAAACAAAGACUAGAAUCCAGCUUGAAGGCAUAGAGAGGAAAUACAGAAAGACAGAAACACGUGAAGAUUUUAUCAACACAGAUUGUGGUUCAAAGUUCAUCACCCUUUUAAGUUAACCUUAUCGUCAUCUGAUUGUCUUACUGUAUUGGUUUCCU